GGCCUACUUAGACUCGCGCGCCUCGCUCCAGCGCCAGACCCCGCGGAGGCUCGCACCCUUCUCGGUCGCAGCUCCCGGUGGCCCGAGGGCGCGCGGGCCCGGGAAGCCCCAAGAGGCGGCGGAGGAGGCGGAGCAGGCGGAGCAGGUCUUCGGGUCCCAGUGCCGCGGCCGCGCUCUCCAGGCGAGAAUCGGGAGGAGGAGCCGACCGCAAGGAUAGGCCCAGGAGCAAUGGCGUCCAAAGAGGAACAAGUGGUUAAAAAUCUCAACAUGGAAAAUGCCCAACAGGAAAAUGAAGGAGGGUACCAGGCCCCUGUGCAGAAUGAGGAGGAAUCACGCAAUUUGGGAGGAGGCGAAGCCCAGAAGCCUGGAGGAAAUGUCAGGCUGGGGUGGGUUAAGCGACUUGUCCCUAAUUUUCGACGGUCCAUAUCUAACAAGUGUGUUGAUCACAAUGAAGUGGGAGAUAAUGUAGAAAAGAUCGCAAUGCAGCUGAUGGAAAUCAGGAGAAAGACUAGGGAGCAGCAAAUGAGACAUGUUAUACGCUUCCAAACUCCUGAACCUGAUAAUCAUUAUGACUUUUGUCUUAUACCUUAAAUCCUAAGGUUUUCACUGAGGUUAAUAAUGCGGCCUCUGCUCCAAAAGCUAGUAGUUUUGUGAUUUACUUUUCUGUAAACCUUUUGAUGUUUCCUCUUACUAGUUUCUAAUUGAAUAAUGUUUUUGUCUCAGUAUAAAUCUCUCUGUCCAGCAAGGCAAUUUCACCCAGUUUUUGAAAAAAUAUUCUUUUCAUGAUGUAAAAUUAAUAAAGCAGCUUAAAAAUCA